UGCCAUUGCAGUACCAUGUGGUUUCUGCUAACCUUCGCCAGUGUCCUCUUCCCAUGGCCAGUGCUAGCGGCCACUUUCAAUUGCACUCAAUGCAAAUCCACCAUCAGCUGGACGGAUUGCGCCCAGAACGCGACGGUCCAGGAUUGCUCCGGAAAGGACGGUUCAUUUAACGCCUGCUUCCGGGCAGAACUAGCGAUUGUCAAACCCGCCAACUCCACCACCUUCCAGCAGGGUUGCACCACGCGGCAGAACUUUUGCACCGAUUGGGACACCACCAACGUGACCGUCCGCCAGUGCUCGCUGUGUCCGCAGGGAAGCCCCCAGGAACCGUGUUCCGCCAGGGCUGGCCAGCUUAACGCGAUUGAUUUGGGCGACGGCGAGCAGGUGGAAAUCAACGUAAUGGUCACGAAACAUCCCGCCAUGGACGAAACGGAACAAAUUGUGGCCAAAGCCCCCAAUGGACAGCCGAUUGUGUUUUUGUUUAUGAACAACAGUGCGAAUCCAUCGACGGAAUGGCGGCAUCCGGUGGGACCUCCAAAAGUGAUUGAUUUUUCGAAACUGCCGGGAUCGUAUGAGAUUUUCCCCUACGGGUGGAACGAAACGGUUACGGGUGGAGCUGAGCGGGUUGGGUUUGAAGUGUGUUUUACAGUGCUAGUGGCGAUAAUAACGAUUGCUGUAACCAAUUACUGUUGACAUUUUGCGAUAAUAAAGCUUAAACUUAAUUCGUAAUUU